UUUCAAUCAACUCUUCUCGAAUAAACUUCUGAGACUCCUAGGUCUGGUUCGUACUUAUGAAAGGGCCAGAGCUUGGUCAGGCCGAGUCUUGUUAUAUGCUGAAAUUCUUCAUUUUAUUCAGUAUUGAGUGGUGUUUGGUAGAAAAGUAUCCUCAUGUUUGACACGUGUGCGGUAAUUUGAUCCUUUCAAGAUAAAGUUCCUUGCAUUCCAGCUGUGGACCUCGAAUUUUCCACCUAAAGGUAUUCGAGGUCUUCCUAAACAACUAUACGCAAAAACACACUAAAAUCAAAAGACUUAAAAAUAACGAAGAGAAAGCCUUGAAUAUAACAAUGUCGUUAAUUGCUGGUGUUGUCACGCUAGUGUUUGUCAUUCAGACAGUUUCCAGUCUCCAUUGUUAUCAGUGCACUAACACAAACUCAUGGGAAGAGUGCGGGAAUAUUACAACAGAUGCAACAUGCAGCGAAGAGACAACAAGAGGACAAUGUAUGUUGCUGACGUUAAAGAUACCACAGGGAGAUCAAUAUAUUAUGAAAUACAGUCGUGGAUGCGCCAAAAUAUGUGAAAAUAUAAAUAAUCCAAAUUGUGGAAAGGAAGAGAUGACGUGCAAAGUUGAAUGUUGCCAUGGAGAUUACUGUAACCGGCUUGACUCUGACACAACAGCAAGACCUCUGGAGCCUCAAACGGAAGCCUUUUCUGGUUCGCAUAAUCACAUGCAAUUUCUUACGUAUAAACUAUUUUUUAUCGUUCUUUUUUUCGUCAUCGAGUUACUAUAAUUUUUCCCUGAUAAUAGUUUCGAGUUUUAGCUUUCUCUGAAUGUUAUCCAUAUUGCGUAUAUAAGGUAAAGUAGUGCGUAAUUCCUUCCUCACGGCCUGACGCAAGCCCAAUGAUAUGGAACAUAUAAUUUUUCCUAAUUAGCCUCGCAUUCAAGGGUUUCAGGAUAAAUAAAUGCGACUUUAAACAAACGCUGUUUUUUUAAAAGUGGGAUUAAAGCUGACUGCCGCGUCAGCGCAAAUAGCACAGAUAGACUUUUACGAGUAGCUAACUUCUUUAUUUUGAUUUUAAAACAGUCGUCUAAUCUUAAAAUAACGUUUGCUCUUGUAAUUGCUAGGAAUUGCUACUAUGAAGUCAAUAGUUCAGUAAAACCGCGGAAUCUACAACAUGCAAUAUGCUUUUUGCGUUUUUUUCUUUUUUUUUUCUUUUAAUGUUUUAUCUUUUGCCUUUUCACAGUUUAUGCAGCCUUAUUUUUCCAAGUUUUUAUUUUCUGUUGAUUUGUUCAUGGUUUUAAACCUUACUAUGUACGAGUUUAAGAUACAGUUCGUAAGUAAAGUAGAAUUUACAUUACUCAUGGUCUAUCACAAUUCCUUUGUUUUGACUGGCUGAUCUAUCGGACUCUAUUAGUGAUAAACCACUAGUAGCUACACUGAGUGCCGGUUUUGAAAACCAAAACAAUGGCGGCUAGCUCGUAUGUUUCAACCUAAUUUCAAAAUUAGUUGAAUUAAGUAUUAACGAUAAGUUGGUUUUGACCAUUCAGAUUCAAUUCUAAUUGUAAAUACUCCUGUUUGGAAUUCUCUGUUGUACAAGUUUCGUCUCAAUUUCUUAUGGAACUACUUUAAAUAAUCAUGCAUUCUAGUGAAAGUCCUUCGCCGGAAUUUCAAAGUUUUGUAUUGCUGAAGUUUGUAAAAAUGAUAAUGAAAAUGAGGCUCAGGUCAAGUGUCGACCAUUGAA